GCGGGCGGCGGGGGGCGCGGGAGGCGGGGGCCUGGGGCUGGGACCCACGCGGCGCGCGGCCCGCCCGGCCUGCAGCGCUCGCACCCCGCCGGCGGCACCAUGCCCUUUGACUUCAGGAGGUUUGACAUCUACAGGAAAGUGCCCAAGGACCUCACCCAGCCGACGUACAGUGGGGCCAUCAUUUCCGUCUGCUGCUGCCUCUUCAUCCUCUUUCUCUUCCUCUCGGAGCUCACUGGCUUCAUAACGACGGAAGUCGUCAACGAGCUGUACGUCGAUGACCCAGACAAGGAGAGCGGGGGCAAGAUCGACGUCACCCUCAAUGUCAGCCUGCCCAACCUGCACUGCGAGUUGGUGGGGCUGGACAUCCAGGAUGAGAUGGGCCGGCACGAGGUGGGCCACAUCGACAACUCCAUGAAGAUCCCGCUCAACAGCGGGGCCGGCUGCCGCUUCGAGGGCCAGUUCAGCAUCAACAAGGUCCCCGGCAACUUCCACGUGUCCACGCACAGCGCCACGGCCCAGCCCCAGAACCCGGACAUGACCCACGUCAUCCACAAGCUGUCCUUCGGGGACGCGCUGCAGGUCCAGAGUGUCCACGGGGCCUUCAACGCGCUCGGGGGAGCUGACCGCCUCGCCUCCAACCCGCUCGCCUCGCACGACUACAUCCUGAAGAUCGUGCCCACCGUGUACGAGGACAUGAGCGGCCGCCAGCGCUUCUCCUACCAGUACACCGUGGCCAACAAGGAGUACGUCGCCUACAGCCACACGGGCCGCAUCAUCCCGGCCAUCUGGUUCCGCUACGACCUCAGCCCCAUCACGGUCAAGUACACGGAGAGACGGCAGCCCCUGUACCGGUUCAUCACCACGAUCUGUGCUAUCAUCGGCGGGACCUUCACAGUGGCCGGCAUCCUGGACUCCUGCAUCUUCACGGCCUCCGAGGCCUGGAAGAAGAUCCAGCUGGGCAAGAUGCACUGAGCCCCGGGCUGCCUCCCGUCCCCUCGCUCCGUCCAGCCGGUCACGGGGCCCGCCGUUCUGCCGCCCCGCUCCCCGGGGGCCAGGGGCGCCUCCUGGGACAGGCAGCGGGGGCUGGGACCACCCUCGGAGCACGGUUGUCCUCACCCCUUCCCUCUCGGAGGACCAGCCCAGAAUCCACGUGGACCAGCUCCCGGCCCAGCUUUGACAAUCGUGCAGCCCCCCCGCCCCCCCAAUUUGGACACAUGAACCCCCUGGUCUCCCCGGUCCUGGCCACCCCCCUGACCUACUGACCAGGCUUUUCCGCUCUGGGCCAGGGUCCCCAAGGUACUUCGCCGGCACCUUCGACCACACGGUACUUGCCGGGCUGCCCGUGCCGCCCCGGCCCCCCCCCCCCCCCGCCCUUCCCGCUCCGGCCCUCCCGGAAGCAGGUGCCCAGGGUGUUGGGCAGCAGUGGGGGAGACUCCAUCUGCCCUCUGGUCGCCGGGCAGGUUGAGGGGCACCCCUCUUUCUCACUUGACCUUUUCUCUCUGGGUCCCCAGCCCCCUCCCACCAAUGUGCCUCAGCCCCCAGCAGCUUUGGUGGAGGGGCCGGUGGGGCCCUCCAGGGAGAGCUGGACGUGACGCAUGCACUCGUCCUGGGCCAGGAGCCCCUUCUCUGCCCUCCUCCGGCCUGUCCAGAGCGCCACCGAAGGGCCCUGGGGAGGCAGAGCUGGCCCGCCCUGCCCUGCCACCAGCGGUGCCCACUUUCCCCGAGCACCUGCGAGUGCCCAGGUGGGGCCGUCCCUCUCCAUGCCUGCCCCCCCCCGGCGCGCCCCUUGCAGAGUGCUCAGUGUGAGCCCCACCCAGGGAAUGUGAGCAAUCCCCCCGCCCCCGCCCACCCGGAGCGCCGGGCAGGCCGAAUUGCUGGCAUACUUCUGUAACUCGGGGCUGCGUCUCCCGGGAGGGGCUUUUGGCCCGGGCAGCGAGGCCCCUGCCCUGCGCCGUGGUGGCCCUGCAUUCCAGCACAGACGCUCCCCUGCACCUGAGUGGGCCGAUGACAUGACCGUCAACUGCGUCUGGUUAUUUUCGGGGCUUUGGGGAGGUUGGUUCUGUCGCCCCGUCCUGGGGUGUGAGUCUGUGCGCCUGGAAUGGUGGGCAGGGUGGGGCGGGGCGUGUGGGGCACGUGCCCAGGACUUCAAAUUCCACUUGGAUGCUUUUUUUUUUAAACUUCUGAGGCCAUAGGGGAUCAGUUUCCUGUGUCAGAGGGUCCCCGCCCCCCCCAACCCCACCAUCCCAACACAAGCUCUCAAGGGUGGGAAAAAUGGUCUUUGUUCUUUCCCUUACUCGUUUGGGUUCAAAUAGAUUAAAAGGCUGAUUUUCAGAAA